AUGAUAGCCCCUUACGUUUUGCCCGUUCUGUUCAUUGCCGUCGCCACUGGCUAUGAGGUGGGCAAGGACUACGUCUACAACUACCAUGGGAAGCUGCAGGUUCAGAACCCAGAGCAGCCCCUGCAGUCAUCGGGAUUCGCAUUUCGCAGCAAGGUCGUCGCCCAGCCCAGGCCCGACCACACCCACUUCAAGGUGAUCGAUUUUGAGGUGGACAGCUUCAACGGCGAUCACAUUCACCUUAGUGACCACGAGUUCCACUACCACUCCACGGAUAAGCUAAAGCAGUUCAUCGAGAGGCCAUUUGCUGCCAAGUUUUCCCAAGGAAAGCUCGUUAUGGCAGAGAUUGGCAAGAACGAGCCUAAGUGGUCCAUGAACCUCAAGAAGGGUGUCGUCAGCGUCUUCCAGGUGGAUUUGAUAAAGGGUCGUCACGACAAUCCACACGCCAAGCAGUUCUACGUGAAGGAGGAGAGUCCUCAGGGAAACUGCGACACACUCUACAUUGUCGGCGAGAAAGAUGGACUUAAAGAUGGACUUACGGUCACCAAGAUCAAAAAUCUCCAGAAGUGCGACGAGGAGAUCUACACCUUCGGAAGGAUUAGGGGCCACGGGUGUGUUAACUGCGAGGCCAUGGAAAACCACCCCGGCUUAGCUACUUCUCAAAUCAAGUACAGGCUGGAUGGAACACCAGAGCACUACGUCAUCAAUCAUGCCGACGCCACUUCGGACACCGAAAUCAAGCCCUUCGGCACCGGUGGAAAAAUCAUUCGAGUGCAAAUUAAUCGUACCUUGGAUCUGGAGGAGGUUCACGACGCCAAUACCGACACCCAGCUUCCAGAGGACAUUGAAAAGGUGGAGCAUCUUUGGCUGUCGUUCCCAGAGUCUGGCGAUGCCGAGAGCCUCGAAGACCUAAAGAAGGUCAACCACCCCGUCAUCGACUUCGAUCUCACGAACGACAAGGAGAAAUUCAUCCCUGCUUUCAACCAGCUGGCAGCGACAGAGUACGAAGAUGACGACAUCAAGGACGUCCACAGCAAGGAAAGCGUCGCCCUCAAAUUCCUAAUCUUGCACAGCUUGUUCGGAGUCAUGCCCUUUGAAGAUGUGUCUCAAAUGUACGACCAAGCUGUGGCCAAUGCCCCAGAAGCAAGCAAGAGUAACGUAAGGAGGCUGUUCCUGGACCUGCUGUCAGCUACCGGAACAAAUCCUCACGUGGCGUUUGGUCUGCAACUGAUCAAGGAAGACAAGCUCUCGGACGAUGAGGCUGAACACUUCCUCUCCACACUGGCCCUCCACCUCAAAGAGAACAGCCCUGCCCUUAUAACCGAACUUUCCGAAGCUUGUGAGCACGUGAAGCCUAAGCGACAAGUGUGGGUUAACUGCCAACUCGCUCUGAGCAGCCUCGCAGGCCAGGAGGGUUGCGUCCGUGCCAAGACGGACAGCGAACACGACGAGGGACUCUGCAAGCCAUCUUUGGUUUCGCACUUCUUUAACUAUCAGAUCAAACCUGAAGACAAAAAAGACCAGCCGGAAUACAAGAGGACGGUGUACAUGAAGGCUGCGGGCAAUUUGGCCACCAGGGGCGCCGUGCACUACCUGGAGCGCUACGUCUCGGAUACAAACCAGCCGGAGUACCGGAGAUCCGCCGCCCUCUGGGCUCUGAAGCGAUCUAGCAAGCACCACCCCGAACUGGUGCGGGACGUCGCACUUCCGGUGUACGUAAACACGAGCGAGUCGUCGUACCUGCGCAUCGCGGCGGUCACGAUCGUCCUCACGACCAAUCCGGACCUCUACCUGCUCAAGCACAUCGGUCACGACAUCAUCGACGACCCCAGCGACCAAGUGGCCUCUUUCGUGACCAGCAUGUUCCGUAGCGUCGAGAAAUCCAAGUACCCUUGCCACCAGGAGCUGGCCCAGCACCUUCGCUACGUCGUACCCAUGUGGAACGACGUACCCCGGUUCGACAAGCCCCUCGACCACACCAAGUCCCAGCUCCUCAUCUCAUCUGGUUACGACCCCAAGUACGACUAUGGGGGUGCAACGACGUUCGGUCAAAUCCGAGCGGACGAUAGCUACCUGCCAAGAGAGGUGUACCUUGGGUUUAAGCACUACUACAGCGGCGCCUCGUACGAAACAGCCUCGCUGUGGUUUGAAAGCUGGGGCAUGGACAAGCUGCUGAACCACGCCAUCGGGCCCCGCCCCGGAUCUACCGCGAACAUGUGGAACGUCUUUGGGCGGCGUCGCUUCCCGAGGGAUGCCUCGGCAAAGGAGCUCAAAGAGAUUGAGGAUGCUCUUCCCGUAACCGAUCGAGAGUACGAUCAUGUCUACGGCAGACUCAGCCUCGAUCUCUUCGGUCGCGCCAUCGACACCUUUGAGUUCGACGAGAGUCUUUUUGAAGAAGCUGCCAAUGCAAGGGAAAACCCAUUGGACAUUUUGAAGAACCAAGUGGGGAAGGUGCAACGUACGAAGAGCUUCCACCUGAGUAAGGACUUUGCCAUUGGGAUGCCCAGCGAGCUUGGCGUCCCCAUCUUCAUCGAGCACAUGCAAGUCGGAUUCACCUACAUCAACCGCCAGAAGUUUGCCAUGGAUGCGACGGAAGAUGGCAAGUUCUCCCUCGAUUUCAAGAGGCACUACGUUCAUGAGAGCGGUGGCUAUAGCAUGGUCGGCGUGGGCCUCACCUUCAACAAGACCUUCGUGGGAGUAGGCGCCGAUAUACAGACCGUCUUCAACUUGCCGAUCGACUUGAAAGUCACCGUUGAUCCUAUUCACAAAAAACUGAGCCUGAAUCGCCCGUUGAGCCUGCCCUGGAACAUUGUGAACCACCACUUCCGCCCGUACACAUUCGCCAUGCCCUACGACCUGGUGUCAGAUGUUUCCACAGCUGUCACCGCACUGUCCCAGCCACAGUACCCCCUGUACAACAAGGACGAAGUGACCUCGUUUGAUCGUACCUACUUCACCGACCUCCUGGGCUAUGGCCUGAACGUAAAGGGCAGUCUGCUCAGCAAGGGACUGAAAAAGGGACUGCACGACUUCUUGUUACACAACGACUGCUCUAAGAUGCUAUACUACGCCGUUUGGAACCCAGAGUGGCACCCACGGGAACUGCAGCUCACAGUCGUUCCAGAUGAGCAGGACGCCACGACUGAGGUUGAGGUCAAGCUCGGCUACGAGUUCCUGGAGCCCGAUGACCCAAGAGAGAGCCACUUCCCAGCUAACGACAACGUCCAUGGCGAUGCUGAGGUUCCUUCCACCCAUGUCCUCAACCUCGACUACGCUCUUAAGGGCACCAAGGAACGGAAGGUGUCCGCGGAAUUGAGGUACUCUUACACCAAGGACAACUUAAAACACAAAGUGCAGUUCUUCUCCGAUAGGACACCCUUCCACUCGAUGGACCAAGAUCACAGCAAGAUCUGCUUGGAUGUCACAACCAAGUUCCCAGAGCCCGACUGGGAUAGGCUGAACAACCUCGCAGUUUUCCACGAGGGAAAAGAGCUCGAGUUCCAGAUGAACAUUCAUCAGGGAAGCAACUGUAUCGACCAAGCUAGUGUAAGCUUCACGGGGAAGUACACGCACACGGACGACGAAGCGAAGCAGAUUCGAGAGAACGCUGAAAGCAAACCGCUGGGAGCCAACCGAAUGAAGAAGUACAACCUGCGGGUGCCGUACAACAAGUGUGUCGAGCACCAGAAGCAAGGAGUUCCCCUCAACUACUACUGCAUAAAGUACUUGUAUUACACGAGCCGCCUGGGCAAACUCACGAUGGACAUCGUGUACAAGAACCGUUGGGAUCUGUUCUCCCCGAUGCCUCAUUACUAUAAGAAGAUCAACCGGGAGGGCGGUUUCGUCAGCACCCUCUCCGAAUACUACCGCCGCGCAACAAGCGGCAAGCUCCACGUCGUCUCCCAGGUGCCCCCGGUUGAGAAGUACGCCGACAUCGCUGUCACCACGGAGGACGGGCGCAUCUACAACCACUUCCAUGUUCCGAUCUACAGCCACUUACUCGAGCCUAAGAUUUUCCCUAUGCUGGGAUACUCAAACAUGGCUAACUACAUAUCCUACUACAAACACAAGUACUGCGACCUGCAAGGGAAGAGCGUCAAAACCUUCGACAACGUCAUCGUACAGCUUCCGGAAACUGACUGCUACAAGGUGGUAGCCAAGGACUGCUCGCCCAACAAGAGGUUCACGGUCCUGGCACGUUCUACCGGAAACGCCGCACUCCCCAAGGCGCUGAAGGCAUUCAUCCAGUCCACCCAGGUAGAGCUCCUGCCAGUUGCCGAAGACUCCGGGCUUGUGCUCCGCGUUGACGGAAACAGAGUUCCACUGACCCCGGGAGUACCUUACAGUCACACCGCGCACGAAGUCGAGCUCUUCACGGUCAAGAUGGAACACAACUACUUCGAAGUGACGUCGAAGCCGUACGGGCUCUACCUGGGCUUCAACGGAAACAUGCUCGUUGUACAGACCGCCAACUUCUACCGCGGCAAGCUGUGCGGCCUAUGUGGCAACUACAACUACGACCGGCAGCACGAGCUUGUGGGCCCCAACCUCCACCACUACAACGACACCCUGGAGUUCGCAAAGAGCUACGUCGUUCCCUCCUCCGACUGCACCCCGCCCUGAGCACAACCUUGCAUCAAACCCGUCGAUGAAUGUUAUUUCGGCCACUCC